AAUUCAAUAUAGAAUUCAAAACGCCACGUGACUUUUUUCGAUGAUCUUGUUCAUUUAAGUAAAAUCACUUCUAUAAGCAUCAACUAACGUGUCUCUUGCCUCUCAGUCAGCUAUUAUGAGUUUCAAAAUUCAGCCAAAUGGUUUUGAUACAAAAGCCAUUCACGCAGGACAGAGUCCUGAACAAUGGAAAAGCGCUUGCGUAAUACCCCCAAUAUCAUUAAGUACUACUUUUAAACAAGAUGCGCCGGGGGAACACAGGGGAUAUGAGUAUUCGAGGAGUGGUAAUCCCACAAGGAACGUUUUGGAAACCUGUUUGGCUGCGCUUGACAAUGCAAAGUAUGGUCUAACAUUUUCUUCUGGACUUGGAGCGACAACUGCAGUGCUAACAAUGCUGAAGAGUGGAGAUCACAUAAUUGUGGGCGAUGAUGUGUAUGGUGGAACAAAUCGACUUGUGAGACACGUAGCCUCACGCUUGGGAAUAUCUGCUACUUUUGUGGAUCCAACAAACUUGGAAAGUGUUAAAGCUGCAAUUCAACCUGUUACAAAGCUGAUAUGGAUUGAAUCUCCGACCAAUCCUUUAAUUAAAGUUGCGGAUAUAAAAGAAAUAGCAACUAUAUGCCAUGACAUCAGAGAUGAUUUAAUUUUAGCCGUGGACAAUACGUUUCUGACAUCAUAUUUCCAAAGGCCUCUUGAAUUGGGUGCUGAUUUGGUAUGUUAUUCACUUACCAAAUACAUGAAUGGGCAUACUGAUGUGGUAAUGGGUGGAAUCACCAUGAAUUGUGAUAAUCUCUAUGACAGUCUGAAGUUUUUGCAAAAUGCUGUUGGUAUAGUUCCCUCGCCAUUCGACUGCUACCAAGUAAAUCGUAGUCUUAAAACUCUUUCACUCCGAAUGAAGCAACAUCAACACAACGCCAUUAAAAUAGCUAAAUUUCUGGAAGCACAUGAGUUUGUAGAUAAGGUACUGCAUCCUGCUUUACCUUCACACCCUCAGCACCAAGUCGCGCUUAAACAGACCUACGGGUAUAGCGGAGUGUUCUCUUUUUAUAUAAAAGGAGAAUUAAAGCACUCUACUGCCUUUUUAAAAGCUCUAAAGCUUUUUACAUUAGCUGAGAGUCUCGGAGGAUACGAAAGCUUGGCCGAAUUACCAUCCAUAAUGACGCAUGCAUCUGUUCCAAUUGAAGACAGGAAAUCCUUAGGAAUCUCUGAUGCGCUUAUACGGCUUUCGGUUGGUCUUGAGGAUUCCGAUGAUUUGAUAAAUGACUUGAGUCUUGCACUUGAAAUUGCUUCAAAAAUAUAAUUCGCAGAAAUGAAUACUACUUCGCACAUAUACAGUAGAACGCUAUAUUUUUCUAUUUCUAAUUGUUGCUCAGUCUCGGAAGCUAUAAACAAUCCUGUAGCACCAAAUGGGAUAUGUAACAUUUUGUGUCAUUUGUUUAACACUAGCAUACAAAUAUUGCUUAGUUCACGGCAUUUAAAACUAAAGUUGCAAAUUUGAUAUAUAAAUAAUUAUCCUACCGGCUAUCGACUAUCGAUUCUA